CUAAACAUGGCAAGUCUAUCAGCACGGAGCCCAGGGAGGCUGUCUGCAGAGGAUUAUCAGGAACAAAAAUGAAAAAACUUUGUGCCUGAUAAGAGGAGAAACUCCUGCAAAGAUGAACCCAGAAUCUCUGGACUCAUCCAUCCAGAGCGCCCUCUCAGCUCUCUUCCCGCCUUUCGAGGCCACAGCGCCCAUCGUCCUCAGCCAGUUGUUUCGCACCAUUGAGGAGCGUUACCACGGUGAUGCAUUGCAGUGCCUGCUAGAUUUCCUCAUCCCCUCCAAACACCUGUUGGAGAGUGUCCAACAGGCAGCAUGUGCUGGAUACUCUGAUGUGGUUUUCCGCUGUGAGGGCUGGCCUCUAUGUCUCCAUGACAAAACCGUCAUCCAGUUAGCACCUGUGAACCCCUUGCUUCUGCGUCCUGGAGAUUUCUAUCUACAGGUGGAACCUUUCGGGGACCAAGCGGCUCGCAUUGUCCUCAAAAGUCUUCUGGAAGAGGGCUGUCGAGAAGUGGAGGAGACCCCCGUGCCUGAAACUUCGUACCCCAGCAUCUUCACUGAAGAUUGGCUGCAGGACAUCAAUGAAGGACGCCAUGGAACUCCUCUGUCACGCUGCUUGCUUUGCACAGAUCAGGGAGUGAUCACAUUUCCCUGGGCCAAAAUAGCUAUCCCAGAAUUUCUGGACAAGCCUAAGAUCAUGCCCAGUUAUCGGGAAGCUCCUCCUGAGCCGAAGCAGAUCUCAGUUCCCUCCCAUUUUAACUCCUCCACCCUCCCGAUAGAAGCGGCGAUUUUCUCUGCAAAAGACAGGAUGUCAGCAUCUUUGAGACCUGUGGACUGUUCUUCCAGACUUGUCAAAAUGGAGCAUGAAAGAAGAAUGCCAAAAUCAUACUCCAAACCUUUAAUCAAACCUGUGGGUUGGGUUUCUCCUAAUACCUGGGACAGUCGUAACUAUCCAGAGAUUGAGGGUGACUAUGUAGACCUGGUGGAUAUCGCCAAAGGGAAGGACUUUGUAGAUAAACAGAGAGACAGCCACCAAAAUCCACCCAAUUCAGCUUUGUUCAAACCUGUGACACCUACACCUGCACCACUUGGGCAUAGUGUUCCCUGUGGGCGCACCCUCCAGUAUGCAGAGGAGCCUUGUACGCCAUGUAGCCAGAGAAAGCUGGGGCAGGAGCUCACUGAACACGACUUAAAGUGUCGGUACAGAGACUCUUACCUGGCAGCACUGAGAAACCCAGUCCCUUUUGAGAGGGGGAGUGUAGACCUCCUGUCUGCUCUGGAGGAGGUCGGCCUUUGUGAAGAGGGGGAGUUAAGAUCCAGGGGUUUGUUUGUAGCUUCAAGAGAUGAAUUUGGAAGCAUUUGCAACCACUCUAAAGAGGCUGUGAUACGUCAUGAGCUCUGCCAACACAAACACUGUUGUGAAACAACACCAGAAAACUUUGCGUCUGUCCUUAAAGACAAUCCUACGAGUUCUGAAUCUGAAAACCUUAUGAAGGAAUCACCCACGAUUUUGAAAUCGUCCCCUGGUUUGAGCCAUAGUCACAGAGUUCAGACAAAACUUAUUUCCCACCCAUUAGGACAUAAUGUCAGUGUGCAUCCAGGGUCAGAUGUGUGUCUUGGAGAGGGAGACAUGAAACCACAGCAGAAGGUGGAGGUUGUAAAACCAUCGGGGAAACACAAAGUUAAGAUGAGGUCUCUGUCCACUGUGUCAGAGACACCUAAGGGGAGUCCACUUCUCUACAAACUCAACAACAGGAGCCACAGUGAUAUUUGCCCUGAAACAAUCUCCAGCAUAAUCCAGUGUAAAAAAGGGGAACUGUUGGAUCAGGUGACUCCGAAGCUUGAAAGACUGGCCGGAAAGUGUUCAAAAAGAGACUCCCACUCAAGCAGAUGUGAAACUUCCUCCACCACAGAUGGAGCCACCUCCAGACUCCACAACUCCAAGAUAGAAAAGCCAUCAUCUCCGCAAGUCCAGAUUCCGUCCGCAAGUUCUGACACGUCGCAGCCUCCACAAACAGAAGAAUCCAUUUUCAGAAGCAUCAGUGGUCUGCUUGAAUUAGGCAUUAUUUGUUUGCCAGGCAGCAGGGACAGGACAGGCAGAGCAGUUGUGGAGGUUCAUGGUGACAGAAAGGAGUGGACAUCCCCCUUUGUAUCAGCUCAGAAUGUGUGCGAGUUGCUGCUCUACCUACACUCCAUACCAAGGAAAGAUGUUCGAGAGCUGGGAAUGACUUUGGUCAUCAAUGCCAGGAAAAAGCCUCCUCCACUCCACCUCUACAAAGCUCUGCUGAUGGCCCAGGAGCAAGCUCUUCAUGCUGUGCACAGUAUCGUGAUGCUGAUGGAUAAAGACACUUGUCCACGCCCUGAAAAACAGCCCGGGCUGCAGAUGGACAUGGUGACUUCCAUGAAAGCCCUCAACAAGACAGUUGAAGCUUCCCAGCUGACAUCUGACCUGGGCGGUACCUUUACUUACAGCCAUACAGACUGGCUGCAGUUCUACCAGAGGCUGGUUUCCUUCAUGACUAACCUGCAAGGGGCAGACAGCUUGCUGCAGAGGGCCAUCAGAAAAGUAGAUGGCAGCAAAAAGAUAGACACUGCCCAGGAGGUGCAGCAAUGCAUUCAGGAACAGAGGGCUUCAAUGAAAGAGGUGCUAGAGGACACUCGACUGGUUAGUCUGCAGAGAGAGGGAGGGGCUGUUCUGGCCAGGAUGAGGAGAGAGGAGAGAGGAUUUCCACAGUCUGAAGACUACAGAGAUGCUCUGGAGUCAGUAACGAGUCUGUAUAACCAGGUGGAGGAGAAGCUCCACAUGCUGGUGAUGAGAUCGAAUGAGUCACUGCAGCAACUGGAGUUCCUCUUCAAGCUCAGAGAGAUGGAGGCCAAAAUCAGCAUGGCUGGGACCUGGUUCAAUACAGAAGGCGAACAAAGACUGACGGACUCUUACACAACAGAUAAUACCCUGGUGUGCACAGAAAAGGCUUUGCAGCACUUUGAACAGUUUCUCAUUCAGUGCAAGGAGAAACAACAGCAUGCUCUGACCCUGGUGACGGAGGCAGAGGGACUUGUAGGUACCAGUGACUCCAGUCCUGCAACAGAUAUUUUUCGUACUCUGGUCAGCACUUUCAAAUCCAAUAUGGAUGGCUUUAUGUUGCGGGCAGAAAAGAGGUCCAAAGAACUGGACACUCUGGUGCAUGUGUACCGCUUCUGCUAUCAGGCGUCUGCCCUGGCCAAGGAAUGCAGUCAUUUUUUGGAGCAGGUAGGGCAGGGGUGUUACUCAGCUCAGAUCCUAAGCACACUCCAGAUGUAUGAAGAGAGAUUAGGUGGCGAAUUCUCUACCCCGCACUUCCAGGCUCUGAGAGUUAAGGCCUGUGGUGUGGGAUCAGGGGCCUCUGAGGUUAUGAAGGUGUGGAAUGCAACUUGGGUCCAGUGCCAAGAAGUAAGGCAGUGUCUUGAGGAGAUGCAGAAGAAGAAAAACGUAGAUAAGAACCAGAUCCAGCAGGCCACAGCUGCAAACUCUCAAGGGGAAGAUGGAGGAAUGAAGAAGGAGAGAAGGACUGAGGUGGGGGAGGAUGAAUCCUCCCUGACACAGCUGCCAACCUCUCCUAAAGAGGUGGACAAUAGCUCAGAAAAUGCAAGAGAAAGCAUCACUGCUGCAUGUUCCAACCACCAUUUAAAACCUGACUUGAGAGGGUGCGAGAAAGGAGAACAUCAUGCACAGAAAUUAACUGAUGCAAAAGUUGAAAAUGAGAAAACAACUCCUGUUUUUUUACAAAAUGUUGACUGUCAUCCAAAAACCAAAUGGAGGCUAAGAGAGCACCACAGCGAGGCAGAUCUGAGGGGCACAGACUCCACCGAAGUGGGCGAUUAUUUUCCAUUGCACAAAGCCUUGGGUCGGUCCCUAAGCGAGGGAUCAUGUGUUAGCUCUCAUUUGACGAGCAUCUCUGGCUUUUCACCUUUAAAUGUAAGACACAAACACUGUCAGAACAGGAUACAGCCACUGGGACAAAAUCUGCAGCCUGUCAAAAAUCUGCCCAUUUCCCAUAAAGAGAGUUUACACCCAGGAAACUUGAGCUGCAAGUCAAAAAGAGACAGUAAUGAGGAGGAGGGAGAAGGAUGCACAGUCUCCACCCAGAGCCCUAAAGAUUUAAGGACCCCAGAGACAUUACUCACACCAGCAGAAAACAAUGGCAGCAAUGUAUUGAAACUGCGGAGGAUAAUGGAGGAGCUGCUGUCCACAGAGAGGGAGUACGUGAAGGCUCUGGGUUAUGUCCGAGAACACUACUUCCCUGAGCUGGAGAGGGCCGACGUCCCUCAGGACCUCAGGGGCCAGAGGGGGAGCAUCUUCGGUAACCUAGAAAAACUCCACGACUUCCACCGACACCAUUUCCUGAAUGAGUUGGAGAGCUGCGUGAAUGAACCCUUCAGAGUGGGACGCUGCUUCCUACGACAUAGAGAGAGCUUUGCUUUGUAUGCCCUUUACAGCAAGAACAAACCACAGUCUGAUACUCUUCUCAUCAAUCAUGGACAGGCUUUCUUCAAGCAAAAACAGCUGAGGCUGGGGGAUAAAAUGGACCUGUGGUCGUACCUGCUGAAGCCCGUGCAGCGCAUCAGUAAGUACAGCCUGCUGCUGCAGGACAUGAUGAGAGAGUGUGGUCUGGGGCAAACCAGAGAGAUGGCUGAGGUCAAGGCCGCCCUGGAGGUCAUUCACUUCCAGCUCCGCCAUGGCAACAACCUGCUGGCCAUGGACGCCAUCCACAAUUGUGACGUUAAUCUGAAGGAGCAGGGACAGCUGAUACGCCAAGAUGAGUUUGUGGUAACAUUCAGAAAGAAGAAAUGUUUCCGCCACAUUUUCCUCUUUCAAGAACUCCUCCUCUUUAGCAAAACUCGUAAGACCGAUGUAGGAAAUGACACAUAUAUCUACAAACAGUCAUUCAAGACAUCAGAUGUAGGCAUGACCCAAAACAGCGGUGAGAGCGGCCUGUGUUUUGAGAUCUGGUUCAGGAAGAGGAAAACCCAGGACACAUACAUACUCCAAGCACUUAGCCGGGAGGUGAAGGGGGCUUGGACCAAGGACCUGGAGCGGAUCCUCUGGGAGCAGGCAGUACACAACAGAGAGGUCCGUAUGCAGGAGCGAGUGUUCAUGGGUAUCGGAAACAAGCCUUUCAUGGACAUCCAACCCAGUGAAGCAGCCAUCAACGACAGAGCCGUCAACUAUGUGCUGAUGGGAAGAGUCUCUGCAGAAAACAAGGUGUUGUCCUCUGUGGGGUCAUGUGGGGCACAGGACGGGCUCCCGGGGAGUCGGCCAAAAUCUGUUGGUUCAGGAAGCUUUACAUCUUCUUCCUCUUCCUCUGGAGGAGGGUCCCUGUCCCCUGUGGGAUAUGGGUGUGGGCCAAAGCGGCGGGUGGUUAUGGGGGUGCUUGCAGGAUACGUAUCACCCCCUGGAGCUCUGGAAGAAGAUGACCUCGACCAUGAGAGUGGGAAUCAGAUCCUAAUAUUGGACAGCUCCGAGUCAUCGGGAGAGAGUGUCAGCGGCUUCAGCAGUUGCAGUCACAGCUACCACUCCGCUGUCGGAGGAGAGGCGGAGGACACCUCCUCUGUCUGUGCCUCCGUAACCACUGUUAAGGGGGCUGCGGCUGCUCAUCGAGCUGAAACUUCUGCUGCUUUCCACAAACCAAAUGCUCUGGCAGGAUCCCCAGAGAAAACCCAACCACCAGUUGCACCAAAGCCCAAACCCAAACCACAGUACCAGGCCAAGGAUCUCCCCUGUGGCAAGGUUCAGAACACCAGCGUUGGAAGAUCCACUGAGGUUUGACCUGUGAGAGACGGUACAAGAUCUGAGGCAAACCAAGAAAAGCCGAGAGAAGUCUGCUAAUGUCUGCGUGAAAGAGGAAACUAUUUAAACAGACACCCUUUUAUACAAGCAGUUACUGUAAUAAUCCAUUACCACUCUGUAAAUACAUGUUUAAUCUCACCACUAAAAGGAAGGGUCUGAAAAAUGUCGAUAUAUGUACAUGACUUUGCAUGGUGUGUCUAGUUUCAUAGAUCAUUUGGAGGAUCAUAGAGUUGCUAGAGUCUUUGUGUCUAUGCUUACAUGUUAUAACAAAAUGCUACACUACACGGCAGUUUGAAAACGUGGCUAAUUUCAUUGUGGUAGAAUAAAAAAACAAUAAAUAACAUCCUACAGUAAAUGUAUUGCCUUUUGUACAGAUUUAUCAAACUUAAUUACUUAUUUUCUCUGAAAAAAAAUUACAUUCACUCUGUCUUUUUUUUAACAGUUUUGUAUAAACUCACGUUACUGCUAUGAAGAUAUUGAUGUAUGUAACAAUUGUAUGGCUUUCUGUUUGAAAUACAGAAUAUUUGCAGUAAUGAAGUGUUUGUCUUUAUCUGUGUUUUUACAAUAAACGUCAC